UUCUUCGAUCUAACCGUGGUUACUUCCAAUUUUCGUCGGCAAAUGUACACGGUACAUCCGAAGAACAGCAAAUAUCUGCGUUGCCCGCUCUGCUAAAUCCGAAACCCCAAUUUUUUUCGUUUUCUUUCCGUUUUUUCCCUGUUUGGAUCUCGAUCCUAAAUCCGAGUUUUGUUCUCUCUGUGCUUUUCUGGGUAUAAAACCCAAGAAGAAUAAAUCCCGCUAGUUUUCGACUCUCUGAGAUCUUUCAUGGCGUCCUCCAGCAAAAUAGAUUCCCUUGCAGAAGACGAGCCUCCGGAAGAGGAGGUUGAGCACUUCGAUGAUUUCACGCUCGCCUCUUCAUGGGAAAGGUUCAUUUCUGAAAUAGAGGCGGUUUGCCGGCAAUGGAUGGCUGAUGGUCCAAAAAAUUUGUUGGAAAAGGGUGCUGUUCACCUGGAAUAUUCUAAGAACUUAUAUAAAGUCAAAUCUGAGUUGAAGUAUGCCUCAAAAAGCUAUUGCAUCGAGCACUACUUUGAGAAAACCAACAAUGACAGCAGAGUUUCAGACUGGAACUUCAAUUUGCAUGAGUUGCAGUUGUGUUUUGGGGUUAACGAUUUUUUGGUGAUUGCUCCUCAAAGUGCUAGUGGUGUAGUACUUGAUGCACCGGAGGCUAGCAAGCUUUUAAGUGCAGUUGCAAUUGCUUUGACAAAUUGUUCAAGUUUGUUGCCUGCACUUGUUCCAGUACAUGAUCCUUCUAGGAAAGCAUACAUUGGCAUCCAAAAUAUGGGAACUGUUUUCACCAGAAGAUUCGAGGCAGAUCAUAUUGGUACACAGGUUCCAGUAAAACUUAUGCAUUUGGAAGGAUUGUACGAGUUGUUUAUUUCAAAGUUUGCCUACUCCACACUGGACUUGUCUGUGCAUCUUUUCAAAGUCAAUUUUACGAUGAAGCUAACGUACAGAACAAUUCCCUAUGAUGAUGACCAUGAUCUCCAAGGAACUGAUGCUGAAAUUACAGAACCUGGAGGAAGCCCUGGUAGUGACACCCACAACAGAGUGCAAUGGGAUGACGAUUGUCCUUGGAGUGAGUGGUAUUCUGCAGAGGACCCGAUUAAAGGAUUUGAAUUGAUUGCCCUGUGGUCAGAGAAGAUGAUUGAAAGCUCUCUGCAAAUGGCCGAAUUGGAAAAUGAUUCACCUCAUGAUGCUGAGAAGUGGAUACUAUUUCCCAAAUUUUCUCAAAAUUUAAGUGAUGGUUCCAAAGGAAACCAAAUUGGAUUUUCUUCCCAAUUGCACCUUUUGAUUGAUGCAUUAGAUAUGUCAUUUGAGGCUCCAUUUAUCGAAGAUUUUGUUUCAGUCGAAAACACAGGUCCUGAUAAUUUGAAGACCUCAAUGAUUAUACCUCCACCUACAGUCAUUGAUCGUGUACUUAAAGAACUUUUCCACGAGGGAGUGCGAGACCCAGAUUUUGCCAAGGGUGGGCAUAAGAGUUCUCGAGCUAUUAAAGGCGCACCUCUUCAAUCUCUGUUUGUACAGUUUUGUUUAAACUGUCUUUGGUUUGGCAGCUGCAACAUACGUGCUAUUGCGGUGCUUUGGAUAGAGUUUGUUCGAGAAGUUCGGUGGUGUUGGGAAGAGUCACAGCCAUUGCCCAAAAUGCCAGCUAAUGGUUCAAUUGACUUAUCCACUUGUUUGAUUAACCAGAAACUACAAAUGCUUGCAAUAUGCAUUGAGAGGAAGCUUGAGCUGAAUGAAGACUACGAAGAUUGUAUUGGAAGCAUGGAUCAAGCUUCUCCUCGUACAAAGGAGGAGGAUUCAGUUGCAGAGGACUCAGACCCAUCCAUAGUUCUAACACCUGGUGAAGAUUUUGAGGGGAAACGUGACAGCCCCUUGACACCAGAGAAUUUACAUCAUUCUGGAACAACCAUGCCAAGAUAUAGUAGUGAGCCUGAAAAAGUGGUGUUGGCUGAUCCUAAACCUUCAGACUGUAUCAGGAGGGGUUCAGCUCGUGUGGUGGGGUCUAUGAUGCUUCUGAAGUCAAAUCAAGAAAUGCAUGCCCCGUUCACUCAGGAUGCACCACUCAUGACAGAAGACAUGCAUGAAGAGCGUCUCCAGGCUGUUGAAGCCUUUGGCGAUUCAUUUAACUUUUCUGCUCCGUUGGAGAGAGAUAUCUUAUCUUCAGACAUGUCAGCAUUUAAAGCAGCAAAUCCAGAUGCCAUUUUUGAAGAUUUUAUUCGGUGGCAUUCACCUGGAGAUUGGGAGAAUGAUGAUGCCCAAGAAAAUGGAUCAACUUACAAGCUUGCUAUGGUGAAUCCAAAUAAUGUUUGGCCUCCUCGAGGACGGCUUUCACAAAGAAUGUCCGAUCAUGGAAAUUUAUGGCGAAAUAUUUGGAAUGAUGCACCUGCUUUGCCUGCUUCAGAGCAGAAGCCUCUCCUGGAUCCAAAUAGAGAAGGAGAGAAGGUCCUUCAUUACCUUGAAACAUUAAGACCUCAUCAGUUGCUUGAGCAAAUGGUCUGCACUGCCUUCAGAGCUUCAGCAGACACUUUAAACCAGACUAAUUAUGGAGGCUUGAAGCAGAUGACAACCAAAAUGGAGCAACUUUACCUUACUAUGGCAUCUGUGUUGAAACCUGUGCAAGCAAAUCGUUUAUCUGCUGGCAGUGAGAUUUUUGAAGACCUAAGACGCCUGUGUGGCAUUCUCGAACAUGUUGAGAAGUUGCUGACUGUUGCGGCUUCUCUUCAUCGUAAAUUCUUGCAAGCACCACGCCUCUCUGAAGCAAUAUUUAGUGACUACUACAACUUUUAUCUUCCAAGAAUGCGAACAGGCUCCGUAGAGGACAAAGUUCAAAUGGAGUUUGACAAGAAGCAACAAGUAAGGAUCCAUGAGAGACGAGUUAUAUCAAAUAUGUUUACUCUUCCCACUGCAAACCAGUCAUGGAGAAAAGUUCUGAGCAUGGGUAAUCUUCUCAAUGGCCAUGAACCAAUCCUCAGAGAGAUCAUAUUUUCCAUGCGCGAUAGAGUCAGUGGCAAUCACUAUGCAGCCCAUACUCCUAUGGUUUAUCAACGGGAAAUAGAAACAUACCGUAUGUAUAUCUGCGGAACCUCAAACGAUCUCAGGGUAGCCCUUUCUGUUGUCUCGUGUGAUUAGUCUCGUGAAAUCCAUGUAAAGAAAUCAUAUUUGUUGGUGAGAAAUUAGUUUGAUUCAUUUCUUCAAAGUUUAUUGGAGAGAGUAUCAAAAAAUUAUCCUUAUUUUUUAGGACGACAUAGAGAAAUCCUAUUGAAUAUGAAAUUGGGUUAUUCUGAUUUA